AUGAAGAAGGAAACGCCGGCCACCAAGACGCCUGCCAUCGCGGCGGCGCUCCUCGUCUGCUGCCUCAUGCUCUCCUCCACGGCGUCAGUGUCGGCGGCGCGCCUGCGUUUGGCCGCCGGAAGGAUCGCCGCCUCCCCUCCUCCCCCUCGCUUCCCCCACGAUCUCAUAAUCAUCGGGCCCCCGCCACCGCCGACGACGACCACGACGGCUGCAAGGCGAUUUCCUGUUCCUCCAGCGCCGACCCAUCCUCCGUCACCCAACCCAGUGAAGCAACCACAGCCGUCUGCCUACUACUAG